ACGCUUAAACCCAUCAAAUCAAAGUCACAAAGUUCCUCAACUGCUAGGGCUGAUAAAAAACUCCUAGCUCCCCUUUUUAAAAACCUGCCGUGUUCCGCAUGGCCAAGGUAACGCCCCGCGCUCCCGCGUCUAGACGCGCUAGCCUCUGUGCUUCCAGUGCUUGCCGCGUAGCUCAGCUCGAGCAUGGUCGCAGCUCAGGGGUUAGAGGGGUUCGACUGCCGAUCGAGGGGGUCGCGGGUUCAAAUCCCCUUGCUGUACGUCGCUUUGCUUAGAAGGCAUUCUGCUAAAUGAACACAUUGUAUUCCAUCAGAUGUAGGUCUCACUGGAUAGGUGAGACGCAGCGCAUGACAUGCAUUUCAAUAUCGACGAGAAGGACACAAUGCUGCCUGUUGUUUUUGCUUCAACAGCUGUCUACCGUCUGGUCUCUUGGCUCACUUCAAUGACAGGGAGGCCGAUAGACGCUGACUAUAAGAGAACUAGCAAUCUCACCACGCUCCCAAGUGGUAGAAGGGGAUACCAGAAAUAAGCUUGUGGGCCUGAAUUAGUCUUAACGUUUGAAUCGCCUCCGUUAACCCCCUUGUUCACCAAGAUAAUCGUUCUUUUUAGCGCUGUGCUUUAGGAAAGGAACAGUUUGGUUUCUCGGUCGAGAGGUGUCAGAGAGGGUCUGCUCAGGAACACAGGCCCCGUUGACGCUCUGUAGUCGGAGACGGAUCACGCCACCGGACACGGCCCGAGGUGACAUCACUGGCGUGUCACGUGACCUAGCACACCCAGUCCCUGGUCUACAUGUGUCAGGCUGAGUCAGAGUCAGGGCUGCUUUCCACUUCCUGUUUUCACCACCCUGAGUAUCUCACAGGCAAUGCAUGCCGACCGUCGAAGCAAACAACCUUAUCCUCUGGAGAUCUGAUGAGGGUUGGAAAGGUCGAAUCCAGAUGGUGGAUCAAUAUCCAUAUCUUUAGAUAUCUUUAUUUCCUUUGAUUGAAGAUUGCAGGUUCAAAUCCCCCCCACCCCGCUCAAUGAAUGAAUGCAUGCUUCCAUUGUCCUUGUAGCCUUAUCUCCAGGAGUUCUGAUGGGGUUGGAUGGGUCUGAGUGCGAUGCUAGGCAACUAGGCAUGCUUAUCUCCCGUAACUCUUGACACGGUUGGAUAGGUCUAAUCCAGAUGGUGGAACACCAUCGAUCUGCCGAGGCAGAUGGAGGUACGUGUGUCUCAUGACGAACGCAUUCGUGGAGAGUUGAAAAGGUCAAGGGCUACGACUGGAUACUUUUUUGGUUUGAAUAAAACAUGGAUGAAGUGGGAAUGCAACGAAAGGAACGAACACGAUCCUUAGCAGGACUAGAAUCUCCUUAGAGGUAGCUGUAACCAAGUACCACUUCACACUUCACAAAUUAACAAGAGUUAUUGGCAACAAAAUACUUCAUUUACAGUCUUCUUCAACAGUCAAGGAUUAAAAAAUAAACGCUCAUAUAAAUCCAUAAUAAUCCAAGUGAUGGAUGCACUUGAGGCGUGAGCCUCGCGGCGUCAAGGCGUCGUCUGACGCGGCCGUGUUCCCGUCGUUCCAGGCCGAGCCUCCCAAGAAGCCGUCCAACUGGCGCAGGAAGCACGAGGACUUCAUCGCCACCAUCCGAGCCGCCAAGGGCCUCACCCAGGUGCUGAAGGAGGGCGGGCCCCUGCCCCCGCCCCCGCCGCCCUCCUACGACCCAGAUUAUAUCCAGUGCCCGCACUGUGCCAGAAGGUUCAGUGAGAACGCCGCAGACAGACACAUCAAGUUCUGCAAGGAGCAGGCUGCCCGCAUCGCCAACAAGAGCAAGUCAGUCGGGGAGCCCAAGAAACCAGCCACACGCACGCAGUACAAGCCUCCUGCUGCGAAGAAGGUCACCUCUCCUGCCGUGUCUGUGUCUGCAGUCUCCAACUCUCCCUCUUCAUCGCGCCUGCCUCAGAGGUCUACCUCCGGUCUGCCCUCUGGGAUUCCAUCCAGUAAGGUCCCCUCUGCUGGAUUAGGGAGGAGUAUCUCCUCAGGAUACACCACCCCUCCCUCGGGCCUGACCAGUCCUCCAUCAGGGGCUGGAGUUAAGGCCCGGCCUGUAGGCCCCUACGGCCCAGGGAGGAACGCCCAGUCUGGAGCAGGGCUCAACAAGAGGAAAGUCUACAACGCUGAGCAUUACAACUCCAGGAACGAGGCGGACAACGGCGGAACGCAGAGCAAGUUCUGUCACGAGUGUGGAACCAAGUACCCGGUGGAGCUCGCCAAGUUCUGCUGCGAGUGCGGAGUCAGGAGGAUGUGCAUCUGACCGCUGCCAAAGGGGACGGGAGGAGAGAAGGUCAAGGACGAACGAGGGAAAAAAAGAGGAGGGGGAAGAGAAAGAGAGCAGAGCUGUUAGAAGAACACAUGAAGGGAGAUGAAACCAAACUGAAAUAGAAAAUGUCACUAUAACCCUAACUGCUUGGCAUACCAGUGUGCACUCCCACUGAAAGCUCUGAUUU